UUCCAUAAUAUUUUACGCGAAUUAGGCAUACAAAUAGGAAACAAUGAAAAUGAAAAGAAAUCAUAUAAUACUGACGUCAUUUCUAUGACGUUCCAGAUAUGUGACGUUAACAGUGUACAUACUUUGCAUUAUUUUCAACUCUCAAAGCAAUCUCGCCCACAACAACUUUUGCAGGUCUGCAACCAAAAAGGGUGAAUUCUUAUAAUCCCAUAGCAGAAGCCACAACGUGACAGCUUGAGUAUCCUCGAUGCAAAAAAAAAAAAAAAUCGUAUUCGUAUAGUAUUGAAUAAAUUUUGAAAAAGAAAAUCUGCUCCUAGUGAGAAUCGAUUCUUUCAAAAUCAUUGGUUAAAUUGAACAAAGCUAACAAAUUCCUUGUAGGUAUAAACCCAGCUUGAGAUUCUUCGUUCAUUUAGUGCAUGUAUUACCUUUCCCCUCGGUAUGCCGGUUUGUCUAGUAGAGUUACAUUGACCUGUCUAACUUUUUUUGAAUGGAGUUAUAGGUGAUCUUCUCUGGAAAUACGUCAGAAGACUACCAGUUGCGGUACUGGUAACGAAUUGUUUCAUUCCUCAAAUACGAGAUAAUUUAUCAGUGAAUUUUACAAAAGAUGAUACUUCUAAUAUUAUUUUCUGUUAUUAUCGCAAAUAUAGAUACAUUAUCUGUACCACCAACGAUUGAAACUACAAUACCAACAACCGAAACUGCAAUAAUGACCACUGAAAAACAAAUUACUGAAAUUCCAAUAACGUCGCACAUGCCUGAGGAUCUUAGAAACAAAACAGACUGGACAAGUACUUUCAAUUCUUCUGAAUACGUAGCCACUACUUACGCUGAAUUUAUCAACGCCAUAGCCAUCCCUAAGGCAGACGCCGAAAACCUGUUGCGCGUGACAUCCGGCGUUGACGAGCUCCGGGCGUUAACAGAAGAAAAACUAAUCGAAACCAUGAAAAAUACGAAACCGGAAAUCGUUCGGGAAAUCUACAGGCAGUUGCACCUUUAAAAACAAUCGCUGCGUUUCUUAUCGGUAACUUAAACUUGCUAAUGUACGUACAUCAUUCAUUAUUUUACGCGGUAAUUAUUAUAAUACGUCAAAUUUUUCACUGUUCUUUACAAUACCCAAUCAUGUAGAAAUAUAAAUUUCAUUCGAAUCAAGUUUUCAAUCCUGUAUGCAAUAUCAACACAGCAUAAAAUUAUUAUCCUGAAGGACUCAGUGGCGUAGCCAAGGGGGGGCGAAGGGGGCCAUGCCCCCCCCCCCCUUGAGAGCGAAAAUUUGAAAGAAAACAUGCAAAAAUGGACGUUUUUUCGUUGUUUGGACCCAUUUUUUUCAAAAAUUUUCGCUCUCGCUUCGCUCGAGCAGUAAUUUUGCCUUCAUUUUCGUGAAAUCACCACACAUUACAAUAGAUUUCCAGAAAAUUACCCCUCAUUUCGAUUUUUUAUGCCUAAAAAUCUGGUUUUGCCCCCUCCUUGAGAAAAUCCUGGCUACGCCACUGGAAGGACUUGAUAAAACAAAGUGGAAUGAGGGACUGAAGAAAUAUGUUUGAUUCACUUCCUACACAACAAUUACCUUUUGAGAUAAUAUGAAUUCUCACAAGUUCGAUGGAACGUGAAAUUUCAAACCGAUUAAAAAAUGUCAAAACUGAGCUUUUUCGA